AUGCAAGAUUUCUGUAAUUCUUCUCUAACCCUUGCUAAGGCAAUGCUGUUGCAAGACCCGGGCCCAUGGGGUAGUGAUUCAAUCUCAAUCUCAUCAAUGGCAGCCGUAGCAGGCACCAGUGAAGUGCAAGGACUUGGCAUGGAGGAAUUCCAUGGGUGCACCCUCCUCCAUCUUGCUUGUGAAACUGCAGAUAUUUGGAUGAUUGAGCUGCUCUUACAGUAUGGUGUAGCUGUGCUUUCUGGAAAUAGAAACUUUGAAUUGCGUGUUCACCCACUAACAAGAGCCAAUUACUUGGCUUCACCUCCCUUGGUUGUAGCUUACGCACUUGUCGGCAUGGCCUCUAAAGAUUCUCCUGUUCUUAUGUAUUUGCCUGGUUUGGAAGGAACUGGAACUGGCCUUGUUGUACAUGAGAAAACUCUUGGAAAGUGA